GUUUCAAAACAAGUUCGGACAAAAACGUAACAUAACAUAAAAUAGGGAUUUCUACCUCUGACAGUCUCCAUUUGGAGUACUAAAUGGGGUCAACGUUAAGACAAGAUGUUGACUUCAAUGCUCUGUUCAAGAAGCUGGGUCACCAUCUGGAUGAGAUUCGUGUUCGAGCCUUGGAGAAUAUUCUUUCCAAGUUAGAGCACAAGCUUAUAUGUGACUCUGAUCUUGUCCAAGAACGCCACUUGUUUAUUCGCCUCCUUGAAUGGUUCAACUACCCGAAAUCUUCCCGGCAUUCAGAUGUCCUCAAUCUACUCUGCAGGCUUUCAGAGCACACAUCCGGUGCAGAAACCUUACAAGACAUUGGUGCUAUUGAGUUUCUUACCAGUCUGCGAAAAGAUGUGACAUCGGCCCUGCAACCAGUUGUCGAUCAGGUGCUUGAGAACUGCAUGCGCCUGCCUGACAUUGAUAUUGGAUUGGACCAUGCUCCAGAGUGUAUCUAUCAGAGACACAACCAUACAGGAAUGACAGCGGGUGCAGAAACCACAGUGGAUACCAUAGCAACCCGUCAUACCCAGGAUUAUUCCCUCGCCCAUAGCACCAAUGCCCCUUCUGAGCAUGGAGCCAGACUACCAGAUUACAGGGAACCACCUUUGGGGUUCUUUAAGGGGUGUCAGGGAGAUCUGGGGCAACAGCCUAUGACUCCAGGGUCCGGGGGUCACCCCACAGCAGCUGAUCUGGGGCUUGAGGGCAGUAGCUGUUUUAGAAUGACCAUAUUUCCAUGGUUAUCACUCACACCCACAGACAGACAUGUUCUCUCCUCCACCAACAGUUCUCUCCAGAGUCGGGAGGCCUCAAUGCUUGUCAGCACGUGCGAGUUUCUAAGUGACGUUGUCUUCCAAGACUUUCCUGCUGAAAUUUUCCUGCAGAGGCCUAAUAUUGUCAAGAACCUGCUUUCACUCCUGAGUGGACCAAUCAAAGAAGGGGGUGUGGCGAGGCUUCAGGCUGUAAGGACAUUGGCUGACUAUGUCACAUGUCUGCGUAGUAGAAUACGAUGUCAUCAGGAUCCUAACUUUUACACAGCAAAACAAGACUUCAGCACCACACCAACUCCAUUCUCUACACCCUCCAGUUCUUCAUCAGCCAAUCAAAAUGGAGGAGGAGAUGGAAGGCCAUCGGUGAUUGGUUGGACAGAUUCCCGCCCCCGGGGGGAUGGCCGGGAUGGAGAUACGUCUGGUUCUUCCACUGGGACAUCUCGGGCUUCCAGUGUGGGCUUAAGCCCGGAAGGCAGGAGAGGAGAACCCAUUGACCUUGAGGAUGUCCCUGCCCUUCAAUACUUGCAGUUAACCCUUCCACAGUUUUGUACCCAGGUUCUGGAGAGAGCACUGCCACUUCUACGCUCUACUGAUCAGGUCAUCACCAUGGAAGUCCUUCACCUUCUCCACUUGACCUUGGAUAUAGUGAUAGCCAUGGUAACACCAGGCCUAUGGCAGGAUCAGUCUAUGGCAGCUAGGGAAUGUAGUGAAAAGCUUAUUGAAAGCCUAGAUGUCAUGGCCGAUCUAUUGAAAUUUCAUCACCAUAGCAACUUGAAGUCUGACCCUGAUGACACUAAUAAUGACCCUGGUGACCUUGUACAGCAGAGGCAGUGCUUGGUUGGUCUACAUGCGCUUCUGGCUAGGAUCCUUGACCCUCUGGUUCCACUUGACAAGUGUCGAGGGGUUAUAUCAGAGAAUCUCCUUUCCAUCAUGAACACACUUGUAUAUGAUGAAGCCCUUAGCAACACACUUCCUGACCUUCAGCUUCAGUUGCUAGGUUACCUACAGUACCUUGACGACGGAAGGUACUCUGUGUAUGUUGCUACGGCAACCAUUUGCCAAUCGUUGCAGAGGACUUGCAAGUUUAUGAAUCUGGCCCAGGAAGAGGCAUCUCGACUAUCAAAGGAGACACUUUCCCUGUGUGAGGGAGCCUUUGACAGCCUACCGUACCACCGUCACAUGAAUUACAUCACAGAGACUGUUAGACUGUGCUCCGAUAUUGGUAGUCGUUCUCAACACUAUGAAGAUCACAAGGCCCGUUACAAGAAGUUGCUGUUACAGCUUCUAGCCCAUCCAAUAGGAAAGCUGCGACUGAGUGUAUUUACUGCUGUACUGCAAUGUAUUAAGACGAACCUCAGUGUGCUAAAAGCCAGCGAACCUGGCUCAACAAGCUGUGAGAAGGUUAGAUUCAUCAUUGAUGCUGACAUCUUGUAUGAGAUCGUUGUCUUUGGACUCGCUGAUACAAAGGUGGCCAAUGCAGCCAGUGAGCUAUUGACUCAUUUGUUAAAGAGUCAGUUACUGAUGAGUCCAGCCCUAUGGCAGUUAAUUUUGAAAGAACUCGCCAGGGCUCUUCCGAUUUUGCAGUCCUAUGCAAGUGUUAACACAGUGCUGGGAACCAGUAUUCUAGCAAUGCUGGAAACCAAACCCUCCACUUCCCCAAGUGAGAUCACUCAAGGGGAGAAACUCCGGGGAACAAAGCGAUAUAUGCUGUCUACAGACCUAAAGGUACGAUCAGAAGGCCUAAAGCGCUUAUCCUGGUACCUAUCCAACGAGGAAGGCGGUGUGCGUCGGUUACCCAUAUUUUCGGAGCUGAAUGUUACAGACCUUGCAAAUCUUCUGAUAGUUGAUACACCACGAUCGGUAGACAACGAUUUAGGCCGGUCUGUGUUUCAGAUGGAUGGGUUGCAGAAGGUGUAUGAGAUAUUUACAUCCCUCACAGUUGAUCCUGGGGUGAAAACAAUCUGCCGUGGACCAACUUGCCAUUAUACUGCAAGAGUGACAUGCAGGCAUACCUCCCUGGUUGUUUAUACAUUCUGAGAAGCAUCGUUCAUAAUGACUACUCCCUGAGACACAGAUUGGCACAUGAUACCAGCUUGAACCUGACACUUGUCAGAGUUACGCUACUAUUUUCAAAUGAUGAAAGAACAUGCUACGAGGUGUCUCAUAUUCUAGCGUUGUUGCUGUUUGAUGAACAAGCUAGACAUGGGAACCCGAGGCGAUAGAAAGAUGGGACGCCGUGACACAAGGGUUGGCAGUGUUAAUGCAGCAGUACAGAUCCAUGGCGGUUCUCCUAAUGAUGUCUGAGUGUUGCCGGUCUUGUCAAAUCUGUCACUUGCACUGCAGAUGAGGGACGUGGUAUACAACGCGGUCGGUACAUUGGUGAUGGGUGCUAUCAUAACGGUCCGUUCAAUGAAGGAGCACCCUGGGCAGAACCUCCAGCAUCUUCCCCAGACCAUUGAGCAUCUCACCGAGCAGUCGUUCCGAUUGAGCCGCCAAAAGCCGUGUGAAGUCAUUGACUUCAAGGAGCAAGUAUACGACAAGUUCAUUGACGCCGGAGAAGCAAUUUCCACACAUCCCCGUGUCAGAAACAUUCUGCGCAUUCAACCCUACUACCAUGCCAGGCUACGACCAAGCAGAGUAAAACGACCAUUGCACAGACCAAGAUGCUGGCGGACCGAUUUACCUGCGUUCUUCCAGGUGCCAGUGCAGCUGUCUCUUAGUACCGAGUGCUGAAAAACAUCAUUACGCAGGACACGACACUACGCCAGGCAACCACAACAGUCCUGAUGCAGAAGGUGGCCGAACGUUGCGGGGUGCCAUGCCUAACCUAGGUUUAUUAGCUACUGUUGGCCUGCUUCUUCUGUUGUCGAACGAGGGUUCUCGGCCUUGAAGGGUGUUAAAACGGCACAACGUGACAGACUACAGAAUGAAACGUUGAAUGCCAGCUUACAUGUGUCUAUGGACGGCCCCACCGUCGCCAACUUUAUGGAGACUUGGGUCGAGCAGAUGGUGACACAGUGGGCCAAGGCCAAGCACAGGCUCCUUGUUUAGAUUGAAAGUUUUAUAUGUUGUCUGACAUUCUGUCUGUAAUCACGGCUUCUACAGUCGCGUCAUCGUCAUUAAUGUUGUAGCAUUCAUUUGUUCUAUUCUGUAUUUUUGUCAUUAUGUUAUUUAAUAAAUUAUCAUCUCGUACAUUUACAAAAAUGAUAAAAAGUGAAAGGAAAACAGCGCUUAACUUAUAUUUAUUUGUUGUCCUUGUCGUUGUAUGCAGCUAUAAAUACACGGCAACAAAUGUAAAGAAACAUUUCGAUUCAGGUAGGUUUUGAGAUAUUGUGAACGCCCUGUGUCCGUCGUCCGUCGUAGUCAUCCGUCGUCAACAAUUUGACUGUUAACACUCUAAAGGUCACAAUUUGAGCACAAUCUUAUUGAAACUUGGUCAGAAUUUUACCCUCAAUAAAAUCUUGGACGAGUUCGAUAUUGGGUCAUCUGGGGUUAAAAACUAGGUCACCAGGUCAAAUUAAAGGAAAAAGUUUGUCAACACUAUAGAGGUCACUUUUAUGACUGUAUCCUCAGGAAACCUGGUCGGAAUGUUUAUAUUAAUAAUCUUUAAGUCAAAUUUAAAUCUGAGUCAUGUGCGGUCAAAAACUAGGUCACCAGGUCAAAUCAAUGGAAACGCUUGUUAGCACUCGAGAGGUCACAUUUAUGACUGUAUGUUUAUAAAACUUAGUAAGAGAGUAUAUAUUGAUUAGCUCUAGGCCAAGUUCGAAUCUUGGGCAUAUGUGGUCAAAAACUAGGGCACAAGGUCAAAUUUAAGGAAAAGCUUGUUAACACUAUAAAGCUCACAUUUAUAACUGUAUCUUCAUGAAAGUUGGUCAGAAUGUUUAUAUUAAUAAUCUCUUAGUCGAGUUUAAAUCCGGGUCAUGUGUGAUCAAAAACUAGGUCAUUAGGUCAAAUCAUUGGAAAAGCUUGUAAGCACUCUAGAGGUCACAUAGCUCAUAGAACUUGAUCAGAAUGUUAUUCUUGAUGAUCUUUAUUGGAUCAGGUAAGCGAUACAGGGCCUUUAAGUAUCCUCUUGUUUAAAGAUAACUUUCUUAAUAUUAGGAAAAAAAUGUCAUAUAAAGACCAUAAACCAGCCAAUAAAGAGCACUUCCCACGGUUAUAUAGGACUGUCUUAAAAAUCCUAAACUUUUUUCUAAAAAUCUUGAUCAACUGGU